ACGUGGGGGGGUGGAGGGGGGGAGAGCGAUGCGUGGAUAAUUAUGGUAGCUUGAUAUUUUUUCCCCCUAAAAAAAAGAUGUCAGCCCCUGGCUGGAGUAUUCCUCCUUAAAAACCCUCUCUGAAAAUGUCAUGUCCCAACAAUGUGACUUCCAACUCGUUUUUGAUGGACUCGUUGGCCGGUACCUGUAGAGGGGAGAAUUAUUCCUCCAGCCAAGGGAUGUACAUGCAGCCUGGGAGCGAUUUCAGCUGCGGAGUCAUGAGGAACUGUGGAAUUAUUCCGUCUCUUUCCAAAAGGGACGAGGUGAAUAGCGCUACCUUGUCUCUCAGCACCUAUCCAUCCUACCUUUCUCAGCUAGACACUUGGUGUGACCCCAAAAAUACGUACAGGAUCGAGCAACCUGUUGCAAGACAGCUCCCAUCCUGCUCCUUCCCAACCAAUGUCAAGGAAGAGAAUGUUUGCUGUAUGUAUAACGCUGACAAAAGGGCAAAAAAUGCCACAGAGGCAGCCCUCUACCCCAACCAAAUGCCUGAGCCUUGCCUAAAUGACCAUGAAGUCCCCGUUCCUAGCUACUACCGAGCAAGCCAAGGUUACCCCUCCAUGGAGAAGACGUCAAACUGCAGCAAUCCAAAUGAGUUUGAGGCAAGUUUUGAAUCCAGGGCGAGCCUGAACCCAAGGAAUGAGCAUCUGGAACCAGCACCAGCACCACCACCACCUCCUCCUCCACCACCUCCUCCGCCUCCCCCGGUGGCUAAAGUGAGUUUCCCCGAAAACACAAAAGCAGAUAAUCCUCAGAACACAUCCACCAACGAAAUUAAAACCGAAAAAAGCGCCCCAGCACCCAAAAUAAACCCUUCGGAAGCAGAGAAAGAGCUGCACAAAAACACUGACACCAGCACUGACAAUUCUGACAAUGAAGCGAAAGAGGAUAUAAAGGCAGAAAACACUACAGGAAAUUGGCUGACAGCAAAGAGCGGAAGAAAGAAAAGGUGUCCUUACACCAAGCACCAGACGCUGGAGCUGGAGAAGGAAUUCUUGUUCAAUAUGUACUUGACCCGUGAGCGCCGCCUGGAGAUUAGUAAAAGCAUAAACCUGACAGACAGACAAGUCAAAAUCUGGUUUCAGAACCGCAGGAUGAAACUCAAGAAAAUGAACAGAGAAAACCGAAUCCGCGAACUGACUUCCAAUUUUAAUUUCACUUGAGCGUCCUCCGUCCCCUUGCUCAGGGGAGGAGAGGGAAGAGAAAGAGAGGAAGAAGUUAAACCACAAAUCCUUGUGCGGUUGAU